AUAAAAAGGCUCGUUUAACUAUUCGAUAUGAAGCAUAUGAUAAACCAACUUUACCUGAUUUCCAUAGAACAGGAAAUUCUGUUACACAAGUUGACGAUUCUUGGGGAAUCGAUAAUUUAGGAUCAUCUAUCAGAGUCACCCCUGGUCAGUUAGCGUGGAUAAGUGCUGAGAGUCAAUCAACACUUCCCUCAAAGGAUACAGCCUUAACUGAAUAUGAAGAAAAUAUUACAGAAAGGCAAUCUCAUUCUUCGAUGUCUACAAAUGAAUCUAUUUUAACUCCUGCCACAAGGCUCGUCACUUCACUUGAUACAUCAUUAAGCUCAUCUGCCCAAGAUAUUAACAAAAUAUUACAGACAAAGACUUAUGUUGAUUCACCUGAUUUAAUACCCUUAAAUGCUGCUAAUGUGCCACAAAAAUGGAGUAGAGCUGGAUAUCAAAAUAAUGAACCGAUAUUACCAAAAAAGUCGCAUAAUUCUUUAGAAAAAGAAUCGAACAUUAUUAUUGAAAAUUCCAAAGAGGAAAGUAAAUUAACAUCUAUUCUCGCCAUAAACCCCGUGUUGCGAUCUUCUACCAAGUCUUUGGCUACAACUUCUAUUUCUACGAAAACGCCUGCGGUUCCCACAGAAAAAGAGAGAUUGGCAAGCGCAUUGUUUCUUGGAAUUGGUGGUAAGGCUAAAACUGCGAGCAAUGUAUCGGUAGCUAACGACUCAAAUAACCUGAGCUCUGAUGAGCAUUCAAAGGAACAAACAGCAUCUUUGAGCAUACCUCAAAAUCUCAAUCAAACAUUGGCAGUCGCUGCUUCCCAAUAUUCGAUUCCAAGGUCCCCUUUAAAAGAAAUUACGCGUGAUUAUCAUUUUCCAAAACAACAUCAAAAACGAGAGCAGGUUCUACAACAAAAAUCAAUAUUGGACAAUCUAACGCCGAUACAAAUGGCUAUACCUGAAUUUCGAAAAAGCUGGGGGAUAUUAAUACACGAGGAACAACAAGAAGUAUCAGGAGCAUUAGUUGUCGAUAAUACGAAUUUAUUGAAACGGCGACUUGAAGAUGGAAUUGGAGUUUAUAGGGGACUUGGAAAACAAAAAAACUCAUCAGGAUCUGAUGGAAUAGCAGCCGGUUUCCAUGUUAUCGGAGUAGUUGCUGAUGAGGGGAUCGCCGCAGCACAUCUCAUUUUGGAGUCAGAAGAAACUAAGCAACCUUUAAAUGUAUCAACUAUCAACAAGGAAGAUUCGUCUUUAGAUGAACCCAAUGAGAAGCAUCUCUCAUCAGAUACUGCAGAAAACACUCCAGCAACUGCAAGUCCUCUUCCUCACCCUAAAGAAUCUACACUUAGUUAUUUGGUGUUACUACAUUUUCGAGUGAAACCGCGUUUCUGUACUUAUAUAGUGCGCUCAAAUGCAGACG